GAAAGAUUUUGUGUCGCACUGUUGGAGACGAAAAAAACUUCGGCGUCGCCGACCCCAAAAUCUUUUCUGCCCAGCCAUCAACAGCUUCGGCGUCAAGGACCCAAAGUCAUUCGGCCAUUUUUCCACUCUGAAAAUUUCCCCAACACCCAGCUGCGUUGACACCAGCACCGCCAUUGCACGACUAAAUGUCGACAAAUAGUGAUGCGACAACUGUACGUCGAUUAUGUUAUUGUGGAGUACCUGCACGUGUAAGGUACGCUUGGACUACGUCUAAUAGCGCUAGGAAGUGGUAUGGGUGUGAAAACUACAAGAGAGAUGGUGAUUGUGAUUUUUUCGCAUGGGCUAAUAACGAGAUGUCGCCAUAUGAGGUGAAAGUAAUGGAACAUUUCAAACGCAUGGAGGAUAGACACCAAGCAGAUAUUGAUAGACUUGAGCAGUUGAUUGAAACAAAAUGUAAUGAUCAAUAUGUCAGACUUAGGCAGGAGCUGGGGCUGCAUCAAUCUAAUUGGAAGAUGUCUCGAGCAGUGAUAGUAGUAGUCAUUUUGCUUUUAGUUUUUUAUCUUAGUGGCUAUGGUCAACCUAGAGGUACUUACUUGAUGUUAAAUUGAAAGUGGUUGAAUUUAAUGUUUUGUAAUUUUGUUGUGGCCAUUAGUGGCUAUGGUCAACCUAGAGGUACUUACUUGAUGUUAAACUGAAAGUGGUUGAAUUUGAUGUUUGUAAUUUUGUUGUAGACAUUAGUGUGAUU